GCGCGCGCGGCCGGAGGGAGGGGUGUGCGGAGCCGGAAUAGCCAGGCAGCGGGAGGAGCCUGGGACUGAGGGGGAGGGGCUUCCAGUGUUUGGGGUCGAGCAGGCUGACUGGAGAGCGACCCCCGCCAGGAAUAUACUUGGCCAGAAGAGACCUUACUGUUCUGCUGAGUUUGAGCCAGAUCUAUCGGAACUAUAAGAAUUUGCUGUGUGCCUGGAGCUGACCCUGCCUGGGAAAAAGUCAUAGUUAGAUCCUCUUCUUCUUGCUGUGGCCUGUAGUAUCUAGCCCUGAAUGGCCAAGUGGGAGAUCUUGCAGGGGCUAGACCGGCCUUUCCAAGAGCGGCUCCAUGAACUUUAUUCAAACAGUCUCUUGCCUAUGGAUGUACGGAAACACCUAGCUUCUUGGAUUGAGGACCAAAACUGGUACCAAGCAGUCAUGAGCCCUGAUACAUCUCAUGCUUACUUGCUCUUCCAUCAUCUCUUGGACCAACUGGGCUCCCAAUCUAAUGGUUAUAGUCAGGAUUCUGACCUGCUACUACAGCAUAACUUAAGGAAGUUCUGCCGGGAUAUUCAGGCUCUCUUCCAGGAUAAUCCCAUGCAGCUGGCCGGGCUAAUUUAUAAUCUGCUGCUAGAGGAAAGAAAUAUCCUGAACCAGGCUCAAAGGACCCAGCAGGACCAUGUAGACACAAGCCCUAAGGUAUCCAAGGAGACUAGACAGCAACAGGAGAUUGAGUCUCGGAUCCAGGAAUUGAAGGAUAUGAUACAGAAACUGGUCAAAGAUGUUUACCAACUGAGUGACCUACAGGAUGUUUUCUCUUUUCGGUAUAAGACACAGACCCCUCCAGUGAAGACAUCUUCCAUGGACUCUAAUCAGGCCAAGCAACAACAGCUCCUUCAGGAAACACUCAAUGAAUUGGACCGAAAAAGGAAGGAGGUGCUGGAUACCUCCAGAGCACUACAUGGCCGAUGUGCCACUCUGAUUGAGCUCCUGCUGCAGGAGCUAGAGAAGUGGAAAGAUCAGCAGCGAAAGGCCUGCAUUGGGGCCCCUCUGGACCUCCACUUGGAUCAGUUAGAGACUUGGUUCACAGCUGGAGCAAAGAUAUUGUUCCAGCUAAAGCAACAACUGAAGGAACUUGAGGAUUUGACCCACUUCGUGAGCUAUGAGAAUGAUCCCCUGAAAACUAAGCUGCCUUUACAGGGGGUCACAGAAUUGCUGCAGCUCCUGCUCCACAGAGCCUUUAUAGUGGAAUCUCAACCUCAGAUGCUCCUGCCUGUCAAACGACCUCUUGUCCUUAAGACUGGGAAUAAGUUUUCUGUUCAAACACGGCUCUUGGUGAGGCUGCAGGAUGCGAAUGAGCCCCUGACUGUGCACGUCACCAUUGACAAGAAUUCUCCCCAGAUGAAAGGCUUUCGAAUGUUCAACAUCCUGACCUCAGAACAGAAAACUUUGACCCCAGAAAAGGGAAGGAGCCAAGGCUUGAUCUGGGACUUCCGCUGCCUGACACUGAAGGAGCAGAAGACAAGCAGCUCUGGGAAGGGCUGCAGCGAGGGACUGCUCAUUGUGACGGAGGAACUUCACAUCAUUAACUUCACUGUCAAAUACUCCUACCAGGGUCUGAAUCUAGAGUUGAAGACCAAUAGUCUUCCUGUGGUGAUCAUCUCCAACAUGAACCAGCUUUCCAGUGCUUGGGCCUCCAUACUCUGGUUUAAUCUGCUCAGCUCUGAUCCCCAGGACCAGCAGUUCUUUUCCAGUCCCCCCAAGGCCCCAUGGACAGUGUUGGGCCUAGCCCUCAGCUGGCAGUUCUCUUCCUGUACUGGCCGAAGUCUUGACCAAGAGCAGCUGAACAUGUUGAAGAAAAAGCUGUUUGUUCCCAGAACUGAACACAGCAUUCUAUCUGUCCCUCCAUUUGAAGCCCCUGUGUCCUUCUGUCCUUCAGAGCAAGAGCACAAGAAAGAAUCACAAUUGUUGUUGUCCUGGGCUGCCUUCUCCAAGCAGGACAGCCCUCCUGGGAAGAUGCCUUUCUGGACAUGGUUGGACAAGAUCCUGGACCUGGUGCACAGCCACCUGAAGGAUAUCUGGAAGGAUGGGCUCAUUAAGGGCUUUGUGACCCGUGCCCAGGCACUGCGAUUGUUGAAGAAGAAGUUGCCAGGCACUUUUCUGCUGAGAUUCAGUGAGACCUCCGCAGAGGGAGGCAUCACCUGCUCAUGGGUGGAACAUCAGGAUGAUGACAAGGUGGUCCUCCGAUCAGUAGAGCCGUACACUAAAGAUAUUCUGCAGUUGGUCCCGAUUACAGAGAUCAUUCGUAAUUACCAGUUACUGGCAGAGGAGAAUGUGCCUGAGAACCCACUAUGCUUCCUUUACCCUGGCAUACCCAGGGAUGAAGCUUUUGGACCCUAUUACCGUGAGAAAGUUGAUCUUGCGAAACACAGGAAAUACUUAAGCCGGGAACUCAUUGUAGUGUCCAACAGGCAGGUCGAUGAUGUGCAGUCACCACAUCCGUUGCAGCAGCCAGAAGUGCUGGACAUUGAUCUGGAUCUUCAUCCAGAGUGGGAACAGACAGAGCCUGAGCUUCCCUUGGACCUGCGGGACCUAGGGAAGGACCUGCUAACUCUAAAUAUGAAUGAUAUUGAAGCUCUGAAAAAUGACGAGUUGACCCAUGAUGCUAUCCUGCUGAGAGAUGACCCGGUGUUACCUAUCCUGUCCCCUGGCGAUGAGGCCCCAUCUUCUGUGAGCCACUUCUUCAUGGAUGGUGCCACUACUUUUGAUUUCCCUAAUUACUAGGAAUUAAAUUUCUCCCUGUUUCCUUCCUUCCCCCUCUACCCCUCUCCAUCGUGAUAUCGAUGUUUGGUGGAAAUCAAGAGCCUGGUGUUUGUUGUGGGGGGAGGGAGAUGGAAUUAGGAAAAGGAAGAAACAGAACUUUACAGCUUCCUGUUCUCCCAUGCCCAGUGCCAAAUUGUCUCUUCUUUCUCCCCUUGCACUUUGUGAAGUCCUGUGUACCCAGUUUUUCCUUGCAAGGGAUAAGCAAUGUCUGCCUCAUUUUACUUGGGGAGGCUCUCUCCAGAAGUGGGAGUCUAGUAAAUAGAUCAAUAAUAACUGGGUUAUCUAAUCAUUUGAAGUUUAUAAAGCCCUUUUCUCCCUAAAAGUAGCCAUCCUAUGAAGCAAGUACAAGUUCUACUGUAUUCAUUUUACAAAUAGAGAUUUAUCCAUGGUCAUGCAGCUAUGUGAGCUCAACCCCAGAACUCCUGACCCUGUUCUGUGCUCUUCCUGUGCUGCUUUCCUGUCCUGCCUUUGCCCUCAUUACCCCUGGCGAAAGUUUCACAUGUGCACUUUGAUAUCUGGAACCACUUAGUGAUGAGCAGCUGGUUGUCUAAAGCUCUGUCUGAUAACAAAUGAUGCUGGGAGCCAAGCAAGUACUGCUAUUAUGAUAGUUAACCAGUAGAACUGGACAAGAGCAAAGCCAGUACAAUAAACUGUGUUCUCUAACAGCCA